GGGAAACGUCCCAGCCUGUCCCGAGGCUGCCGCUGUCACCUGGAUGUCACCCCGCGGCCACCAUGCCACCUUCCUGUGACGUUUCCCCAUCACAUGAAGGUUCUUGCAGCUUUGGUUGCUGCUUCCUGCCCGUCGCAGGCAGCAGAGGCAGAGCACAGGCAGGGCAGUGCUGCUGCCCCCCCUGCCCGACCCCUGCCCCCUGCACCUCCUGGCCACAGACACCCCGAGGGCACCCCAUGGAUGACGACCGUCCCCUCUUUACCACCUUCAAGCCCCUUGGUGAGGACAAGAGGGCCAGAGCUGAGCCAGCACCCAACACACCCCCCGUGCAGCUCCAGGGGGCAGAGCAGUCACCGAGACACCACAACAGACAUGGCAGGGUCCCUCCAGGCUUCUGGGCACCUCCAGCAGCUCAGUCCCUGCCUGAGGGGGACCCGUGGCCAGAGCGGGUGGCCCUGCGUGCCCGGACGAGGCUGUGGUUUGAGCAGACACAAGCCCAGAGGCUGGGGCCCGAGGGGGAGCUCCCCACCUGGUUCCACGGCUUCAUCAGCCGCAAGGAGGCCGAGGAGCUGCUGCAGGAUCAGCCCCUGGGCUGCUUCCUGGUCCGCUUCAGCGAGAGCACCAUCGGCUUCGUCCUCUCCUACAGGGGCAGGGAUCGCUGCCGGCACUUUGUCCUGGAGCAGCUGCCGGACGGGCGAUACGCGAUCCUGGGGGAGCGCAGCGCCCACCCCGAGCUGGCCGAGCUGCUGCGGCACCACACCACGGUCCCCGUCCCGCCGUACCCCGAGUUCCUCACCGUGCCCCUGCCGUGCGGACGGAAAGACGAGCCCCGAGGACGGACAGAGCGCCCAGCUGGCAGCGGUGCUGCACAUUCCCCACUGAGCCAAGCACCAGCAAAGCUCCCCGAGUACAGCCCUGCGUCCCUGGAGUCCCUCAGAGCCGAGGGCGGCUCCGCCAGGGAGGCUCCCAGAGCGCCCCCGCCGCUCCCUCCCAAGAGCAGCUCCCGGGGCGCUGCUCCGGGGCCGCGCAGCUCCUCCAGCAGCGCAGCAGCGCCCGAGGCUCCCUAUGCCCAGGUGCGUAAAGAAGCCCCGAGCCCCGAGCCCCCCGAGGCCAAGUACCAGCAGCUCAUGCGUUUCCACGUCUACGCCGAGCCCCGCGAGGACAUCGCCCCCAGCACCCCCACCCGCUGCGAGCCCGAGGGGCCCAUCCCCGAGGAACCCAUCCCCGAGGAACCCAUCCCCGAGGGACCCAUCCCCGAGGGACCCAUCCCCGAGGGGCCCAUCCCCGAGGAGCCCAUCCCCGAGGAACCCAUCCCCUUCUAUGCCAUGGCCCGGGGCUGGAGCCCCCGUGCCGGCCCCAGGGAGAACAUCUACUCCGAGGUGGCGCUGGCCCGGCAGGAUGUGCCUGCUCGGCUCCCCAUGGCACUCCAAAACACCUUCUCCACUCUGCCCCCCAAACCCCGGCCCCACCGCCGGCUCUUCCGCAGCGUUUCCAGCCAGGACAGCAAGAGGAGGCAGCUGUCGGUGGCUCCCAGCACAGGCACACAGGUCAUUCUGAACCCUGAGCUGGAGCUGGAUGACGCCGUGUACAGCCAGAGCAGCCACAGGGAGCAGCAAACCAUGGCCACGGCUGAGAACGUGUACGAGCAGCUGCCUGGGGACUGCCCCUAAGCCACCUGCACAGGUGGGCUCAGGACAGCACCUGGCUCCCAGGCAGGAGCAACCUCAGCCUCCAUCUCACCACUCGAAGCCCCUGGUCCUGGGAGGAGAGGUCCAGAGCUGCUGUUGGCCCCAGCCAGCGAUGCCAAUCUGCUCCAUGGGGAGCCUCUUCUCUUCCAGCUUCCCAACCCUGUUGGACAAUGCAGGGAGGGGAGCAGGGUUACCUUACCCAUGAACACAUUCCAAGAGACUUCUGUUAUUAAAAUGAGGGGGAAAAGGCUGUUACAGGAAACACAGGCAUGAGUUUGGCACAGUUGGUGCAUCCAGUUGGAAAUGAAAUUGGCCAGGAACUGGGGUGAUGCUGCAGCCAGGGCCAAGCUGAAGCUCCCCAGCCUGGAGCCAACACUCCAAGCCCUGCUGGGCAGUGUCACUGGUGCUCCCAGCUCAACAGGAGCGGGCAGCCAGGAUGGCCAAAGCCCCAGCUUGGAGGGAAAAGGAGAGCUGGGGCAUUGUAGCUGUUUUAUCUCUGGGAAAAUUCACUUCUGACUUUUCACAAACCUGAAUUUUGUUUCUCUUAGAAGGCUGAAAGUGGAACAUGAGCUCUUGGAAUUCCCCCUUGAUGCUAAACCUGAUCUAAAGCAAAUGAGAAAUGGAAAGGGAAACCUCAAACUUCCAGCCCCCACACUGCAAACUCCCCAGGCCAAGAGGGUACCUGGAUGAGGAUCUGAGCCCCUUGUGAUGGUAACAGGGCUGGGUGGGUUCAUUUAGAAGUAUAUUCCUUUACCAAAUAUCUUCUGGGAGGAUUUCACUGUACAUACAAGAUAUGAAUAAAUUACU